UUUAAAAAAUAAUAUUUCUAUUUAGAAUUAUGCCGGGAUGAAGGCAGACCCUGAAUACAUGCGAACUAUUAGUGCUGGAGGAAUGGAGAUAGAUUCUCAGACCGUGCCCCACCAUCCACAGUGGGGCUCUGCCCCCCCUGGAGCUCGACCUGUCCCCCAUCCUCCAGGUCUUCAACCUCCAGGGAGUGUACCAAGUACUGCUCCCUCCACCCCCUCCAUUCCUCCAGCACAAAGUGCCCCUGAGCGAAGCCCCUCGGUUCCCACCCCUACACCGGGCACUUCCAUCCCAUACAGCGCCCCUGCCACCCUCAGCUACACCAGAGAGGAGGGGAGGGGGGAGCAGUGGACACCCACCCCCUCGCCUGCUCGCAUUCCUGAACCUUCAGCGGGACCGAUAUCUAGUAUGAUGAUGCCAGAGUUCUGGUGUUCUAUUGGAUACUAUGAGUUAGAUAGCCAGGUAGGUGAGAUCUUCAAGGUACCUAGUGGAUGGAGAAGUGUAAUGGUGGACGGAUACGUAGAUCCUAGCGGAGGGAAUAGGUUUUGUUUGGGCGCACUGAGUAACGUGCAUAGGACAGAAGCGAGUGAGAAAGCGCGCCUACAUAUUGGGAAAGGAAUUCAACUUGAUUUGGUUGGUGAAGGUGAUGUGUGGAUAAGAUGCCACAGCGAUCAUUCUGUGUUUGUGCAAUCCUAUUACUUAGAUCGGGAGGCAGGCCGGGCCCCGGGAGAUGCUGUACACAAGAUAUAUCCACUUGCUCACACUAAGGUGUUUGACCUACGUCAAUGUUACCGCCAAAUGCAGCAGCAAGCGGCAACCGCCCAGGCUGCUGCCGCCGCCCAAGCUGCCGCGGUGGCGGGCCGGUUACCGGACGGUGGGAUCGGUGGUAUUGCGCCGGCGAUUUCUCUGAGCGCUGCGGCUGGAAUCGGUGUUGAUGACUUAAGAAGACCCUGCAUUUUAAGGAUGUCAUUUGUGAAGGGCUGGGGUCCAGAUUAUAACAGGAAAUCUAUAAAAGAAACCCCUUGUUGGGUAGAGGUUCAUCUCCAUAGAGCUCUACAGAUCCUUGACGAGGUUCUUCAAUCCAUGCCAGUGGGUGGACCCCGAGUUCGGCAUCCAGAAUAACAUCAGGCACAUUCCCGUCGAUCUACGCCAUGAGUGGUUUGCGCACAGUGUUAUAAACACUCCGAUCGUUAAUUGAUGAUCGAGCUGUCCAUCAUAUUUAAUCGAUAUUGAUUGAACUGCAUUUCACUUGUUUUAGUGAAAAAUAACGUCUAUAAAACGUGAUAAAUUUGAUUUUCAACAAUCGAUGAGAUUUAAAACUAGUUUCCCUAUUCUGUUUAUAGACUCUAAACUUGCCCUUUUGCUUGUUUUUAAACUAUUGAUGAGAUGACCCAUUGCUAUAGUUUGUUUCGACUCGGGCAUUUAUACAUUUUUACGCGACUUAUUGAAUAUAUUUAUACAUGUAUUUAGAAGCAAUCAAAUAAACGUUGGCUAGUAUAGUCACCUUUUUAUUCUGAAAUAUUCGUUUUUUAAGUAUUGUUAAUUGAAAAACUUUGUUUUUGUAAAUAUUUUUGCAAAUGUAAUAGACAUAAAGUUACUCCUAUUGCCUAGAACUAAGGUUUUAUGUUUUUGUAUUUGAUAUUUUUCUUUCACAUUUCUCCAAAUCCAACAAGAUCAGCAUUUCUGAGCUAUAUUGAAAAAUUUCUAUAAAUUUACAUUGUUAAGAUGUGAGGAAAAUUUACAUUCUAUAUAAUCGAUAUUUUAAUUGGAAAAAGCAAUUUUCUAAAAUUGUUGUUUCAAAAAUAAGAAACCAAACUAUACUCUUGCCCCUAUUGACUCGUGUUUUAAAAGAUGUCUAACCCCGACUUUGUUUAUGUUCAAGAUAGUCUUAAAUGUCGAUGUCGAUGACCACAAUUGACCCAAGCUUGUCUAGAGAUGUCUAUGACCUGUUUCAGA